UACUAGUAAUAAUAAGAAUAAUAAUAAUUAUGCAACUGUUGAAAGCUGAGUGGAAGGCCAAGAUCUACAUACUAUACCGCUGAAACUGUCUUAAUGCUCUUCAUACUUGUUUGAUCGUACAAAAAGAAAAUGGACGCAAUAAUAAUUAAUAUUGGCCUAGAUCUGGAUCUAAAGAAUCUAUAGAGAUGCCUGAACGUAUUGUGCAGAAUCAAAUUUGGAACAUGAAGUCAGACUUUCCUCUUCAUGGCACUGUUUAUUCGUUUACUGAAGUAAUUGUGUGUACAUGUUAGGGUAGUGUCAAUAGUGUCAUCAUUGACAUUGUCUAGAUCUAGAUUAGAUCUCUAGAUCUGGAGGAGAUCUAGAAUCUAGAUCUCUAACUCUAAUAUUAAUUUUAUUAAACAAAUGGACGUCAACUGUGAGGAAGACACAACAAUAACAAUGUAUAGACUUAACUCUGGAUAUGAUAAUGGCUCUGGAUGUGUGAACACUUGUGAUUUAUUUGUUUCUUGUUCUUCUGGAGAAGAUGUGAAUCUUGGGAUUGAUAGCAUUGGCAUUGUUGUUAAUAAAGGCAAAGGUGAACCUAUGUCUAGUUCUGGGACUAGAUCUAGAUCUAGAUCUAGUACGGGUACUCUUUAUACUAACAGUUAUUUAAGGGAAGAUCAUGUAAUACAUGACAUUUUAGGUAGGGCAAGUGAAUCUGUUGGUGUUGAUGAGGAACAUCUGUCAGUAAAAGAAGAGCCCAGUUUUGAAAGUCGGUGUGACGUCAAGGCCGAGACAAAUGACAAACUGAACGUUGAAAGUGAAAGUAGCCUGACUCUCAGACACAGUGUAGUAAAAGAUGAGCCUAUCUGUACAGAGGAGGAAGACGUGAAACCUGUCAUUAAACCAGAGUGCCUCACAGAUAUCUGUACGGUGAAAACGGAACCACUAUUUGGACAUUUUCCUGACUUUGGUGAUGAAGUGAGACCAAAAGUGGAGAAUUUUGUGAAAGAGGAAGUAUCAGAAUGGGAAGGUCCAGACGUUGUAGAGGUAGGAAAGACAGAAGGACAAGUGGGAGAUGUGGAGGAUACGUGUACUGAGCCCGUGUCUGUUGAGGAUCACAUGAGUCAGGGUGGAGGACUACAGCUGAAAAUCACCAAUGUGAGGAGCUUGUGUAUGGAGCAGAGUGCCAGCCCCGACACUGAUGUUGUUGCUUCCAGUAGUCCAACUUCAACUUUCUCUGCCGAUCCAGUCACAAGUUCAGGAUCUGUUGUCGGGGCCAGCUGGGAUCACGGUGAAAGUUCUGAUGUCUCAACUUACCCUCAUAGGCCACUGACUUUCUGUCACUCGGUACAGCAGACAAGUGAUAUGCAGAGAAGACAAGGUCAAAGUUCAAGCUGCAGAUUUCUGACAAGACGAAGAGUCUAUGAAGAGAAUGUUGGCAGUGUCCGGAAAGAAACCUCUUCUGGUGACAUCGGUGCUGUGGAGAGAGUCUGUGACCUCCAUCAGAACAUAGCAGGUGACAAGCAGAUGGACAACAGAAAUCUCUACCAUGGUCGGGAAAAACCUCACGAGUGUAAAGUCUGUGGUGAAAUGUUUUCAGAAGUAGGUAACUUUCAGACACACGAAAAAAACCACACAAGAGAUAGGCCUCACCAGUCUGAAGUUUGUGGUGCUGCAUUUACCAAGAGCAGACGUCUACAGGAUCACAAAGGAACACACACAGGGGAAAAACCGUACAAGUGUGAAGUUUGUGGUGCCACGUUUACACGUUGUAGAAGUCUACAGGAUCACAAAAGAACACACACAGGGGAAAAACCGUACAAGUGUAAAGUGUGUGGUGCCACAUUUACACUCAGCGGAAAUCUGCAGGUUCACAAAAGAACACACACAGGUGAAAAACCUUACAAGUGUGAAGUUUGUGAUGCCACAUUUACACAGAGCGGACAUCUACAGGGUCACUUAAGAACACACACAGGGGAAAAACCUUACAAGUGUGAAGUUUGUGGUGCCACGUUUACACGUGGUAGCAAUCUACAGAAUCACAAAAGAAUACACACAGGAGAAAAGCCUUACGAGUGUAAAGUUUGUGGUGCCGCGUUUACACGUGGUGAUUCUCUACAGGAUCACAAAAGAACACACACAGGAGAAAGACCUUACAUGUGUGAAGUUUGUGGUGCCUCUUUUAAAUGGAGGGGACAUCUACAGAGUCAUAAAAGAACACACAGAUUAGAAAGACUUUACACAAUGUGAAAUUUGUGAUGCCAGGUUUACUUAAAGAGACCAUCUAUGGAGACGCAAAAGAACACUUGAGAAAAAAAA